AUGCAACAAAGUAAGCCUUCAAAAAUUGAAAAAUCAGUAAUAGAAACAUGUGUUUAUUUAUACACUGAACUAUCCUCAAUGGUAUUAUAUAAGCAGAAGCCAGACCCAGACCAUAUUUAUCCUUCAGUUAACGAUAUUGUGAAAAUGGACCCAUUACAAGCUUUAUCUCUAAUAAACAAUGAGCUUAAAGAUUUAUUGAAAAUCAAGCGUGAUUUUAUGCUUAUGGACGAGUUUGAAAACUAUCAAAAUACUGAUCAAUACCACAAAGCCCUUCAAAAGCUUGAAGAUGAAGUCAGAAACCAUAUAAAAAUCGAGCAACAGCUAAAACUGCAUAUAGAAAAUACCCAGCAAAAACUAUUAGACUCUGAAAAUGCUCGACUGGAGCUCGCUUCUACCAGCAAGACAAUUAUCGAAAAACUGAAAAAAGACGCUGAUAGACCCACCCAUAGAAGAGAAGAAAGCUCACCUUUAACCACGUCAAGAAGUAGCAAUUCAGAAAUAAGACAUGAAAGAAAAUUGACUCAAGAAAUAUCAACACUGAAAAUGAAUAUGAAAAAAGACUCAUUAAAAAUAGCUGAACUUAUAAAAGACAAAAAAAGGCUGGAACUACAGGUUGCUAUGCAAAAAUCGCAGCCUGAAAUGAAAAAAAUAGAAAAAUCAAAAGAAAAUAGGUCAGAAAGCGCGAAUUGUGUGACUGAUUUUUAUAAGAAAAAAUUUGAAGAAAAAUGUGAACAGGUAGCACAACUAGAAAAACAAAUAAGAAUGCUGAGGACAAGGGCAAGUGACCAUAGUUUUAAUUAUAUUGAAAGGAGAAGGAAUAGUUACACACAAAAAGAAUUGGUCAGUAAAACCCCUAUAAAAGAAGAAAAAUCAUCAAGCAACCUUAGAUCAGCAAGUCCUUUGCUUUCUAAAAGCCAAAUCGGUAUAAAAUGCACAUCGGUUGAAAAGUCUCCUAAACCCCUAUCGGCUUCACAAGUUCAGAAUAAAACUAAAAGAUAA